CAAUGAGCUCUUUAAGUAGCUUUGAUCUAUAAUCUGUUAACAACAUAAUCUUUGAACUAAUCGCAACGACUAAAAGUUAUUGGCAAAGGAGCUUGUAUCUGGUUGAGCGUCAAACAGUGUAAUCACUAACCUACCAAUCCUUUUGAUACUCAUUUUAGUCUCAGAUAUUUCUGGGAAUACGCUUGAGUUAAAUUGGUUCGUUAGUGUGUAUGUCUUAGGUGCAAUAACCAAGGUAGAUAUGAAAAAAAAAAUCGAACAGAAACAGCCCUCAUCUUUUCAAAGCGUCAAGAAUGCAUGAAGUUCACGUAUACACUUAAAACGCCAAACACGAGCAUUAAAAUUUGAUUUAAAGACUAAAUUCAGACACGACCUUUGAUUCUUCAAUCAUACUUCUCACAAGGAACAACUUGUUUUGCCCGGGUUCUUCGGCAAGAUUUUCAAAUCCUUGUUGAGUCAGUGGAUCUUCAGUUCGUUUCUUCAGAUGUUUGCUCUCAAUAUGUCAAAAGCCAAGUGACCAACAGCAUCAUUGUCUUGAGACAUUCAAAAGCUCACCUCUCGCGAAGCCCAAUUCAUGAACAAGUAACACUUUGGGCGAAAAUUGCCCACGGCUGGGGAAAAUGUGAAGGAAGAACUUAGGAACACGGGAGAGCGAAAGCAUUUCCAGGCUUACAUAGGUGAGCUCGCCAAGAUUUGUGCAGCUGAUUUCCCUGAUUGCCGUACAAUCGCAGGUGGACCCAGGAAAGCCAGUGAGGAUCAUUUCCCUCUCGUUGUGGUGUGGAUCAUUUGCUGGAGAGGGGAAAAGGGGAUUUUGAGGGAAACAAUUGCACUUUUCUUUCCAUAUUCACGAAAGAUCAAGAUCAAAAGAGUUUUUGUCCUCCUGGUCAGGCCUGGUUUGAGUCACGGUGAUGAUUGUUUGCGAGCAAAAAGCAGUGUCACGGAAGAAUCGAAGGGGCGGUGGGGCGGCGGCGGUUGUGUGCUCUUUGUGAUUGCAAAUUCUUGUCCCACAUUCAUUGAUAGUGGUGUGGUGGGGCCUACUACAAUUUUGAAUUGUGUCUUUGGGCCUGCGGUGAUUUUUAAACCCCAAUCUGCAUCAUGGAUAUGGUGGCAGGGGCAGGUGGAAUGUUUGGGCAGUUGGCAGUAGGCUUGGCUGGGGGCUUUAUGGGUGAUCAACUCAUCCCUGGGAAUAUGAGGAUGUCCCAGAAGAUGUCCACCAAACCCACCAUAGACAGUUUGCCAGACAAGGUUCUGUUGCGAAUAUUUUCCUACCUGCCGCAUAAGGAGGUGGUUGAGAACUCUCUAGUGAACAAAAAAUGGCACAUGAUAGCCCAAGACCCCCGUUUGUGGGUAUUUGUCUCCCUCCGGCCAGACAUAUCCGGUCUUCAUGUGGAAAGGGCCGAGACCCUCACCAAGCUCAUUCCAACCAAAUUCAAAGAGCUAAAAUACCUAGAGAUCACCACCGAGCUCAUCACACCCCACGUUCUUCAAGACCUUGCCAAAUACUGCCUUCAACUCAGUCAUUUGUACCUCGACUUCAGCCAAGCCAGUCAGCUCCAUGACUUCACCGACUUGAGUGCUUUCCCUACCCGGCUUCGGUACAUGUGCAUAUGUCUCUCCGAUGUCAUUUUCUUGGACAAUUUUAUGAAAAGGAUUUAUAGCUUCAUAAAUGGCCUGGAGGUGCUACAUAUCGUUGGCACCUAUGAGAAUGCGGAGGACGAAGAGGGUGAAGUUUAUGAAGUGAUCAAUAUCAAGAUACUGAAACAAGCCACACCCAAUCUCAGGGUUAUCAGCUUGUAUGGUAUCGCAUUCCUUGAUGACAGUCACAUUGAAGCGUUCAGUUCCAAUUGCAUCCAACUCCAGGUCUUAAAUGUGAAUUACUGCUCUCGAGUGAAGGGAGCCUCGCUGAAGAUCCUGCUUCAACGGUGCAAGAAUCUCAAGUGCCUUCUACUUCAACAAACCAGUUUGGAAAGCGAGCACGUGAUGACUGCCGAAUGGGAUAAAGUGACCAAUCUUCAAGAAUUAGAUAUCACCGCCACCGAUGUCAGUAAAGAGUGUCUGCUGGAAAUGCUACCACGCAUCCCAGCGAUCCGAUGGUUGUCUGCCGGUCAGUUGGAUGGCUUCACCGACACUGUAUUGAAGACUUGGAUGGAAACUGCCAACUUGAAAGAGCUAACUGCUUUAGAUCUUGAUAGCUCCGAUAAUCUAAGUGAGGACGCUAUUCAAGCUUUUCUCAACGUUUUCGGUCCUCAACUUGUGGGUCUGUCCCUCUCCGGCAUGCCGCAUGUGACGGACACCCUUUGGAUCGAGAUCUUACCCAAACUAUCCAAUGCCCGUAUUCUCGUGCUGGGUUGCUCCACCCGGAUGUCGGUCAAAGUGCACGUGGAUCAUCUGAUUGAUGGAAUCGCUCGCCAUUGUUCUAAGGUGGAACGAGUCGAGUUUCGAUGGGACAACGAUACUCUCCGAUUCUCGGAUAAGAAUCAAAAGGCCAUUGAUCUGAUUCGAACCCGGUGUACAAAACUCCAAUGCUUCGUGUUGAGCGAUGGGAGGCUGUACGAAAUCAUGAGAGGAAAUUUCGAGCGGGCUGACCGCAAAGCCGUCGUACGGACCACAAUUGCCUGUCGAGUGACACUCCAUUACCUGUUGAAACAUUACCAAGAAAUGUUGUUCGCAUAAUGGUCAUCGUCGGGUUGUCUAUUUUUACUCCGUUACCAUUGUUCUGUUUUGAAUUUUUAAAUAUCACAUUUCCAUUGAAAUAAAAUGGCUGAUUAUUGCA